AUGAAAUGUCCAUCAGUUUUACGCCUAUUCCUGCGUAUUCUUGAAUCAAGUCUUCUAGCCUCUAGAUCAUACUGGGCACAUCGACUUAUUGAUCGGGUUCAAUCUGUACGUGGAACAAAUUCGAGUAAUUCAACUACGAAUAUCACGUCCUCGUCGUCUACAAAUACACCAGCGGCAGCAAUGAUGAUGAUGAUGUCGACGACGACGUCAGCGUUCGCUUCAGGGAAUUCGACUAAUGCAACUGAAACAUCUACAGGUUCUUCUUCUUCCUCUUCUGCGUCUCUUACUACUGCUACUUCUACAUCGAAUACUACUGAUCCAUCUAACCAAGAUACACUCAAUACAACAACAACAACUACAACUACUAAUUAUUCAAAAUUUAUUAGUAGUUCUCCCUCUUCCUCCUCCUCCUCUUCUAAAUCUACUGAUCUAGGACAACAUCAGGGGACUAUGAUGACUACUGCUGCUGCUGGUGCUUCUACUACUACUUGUACAACAGUAACUGCUACAACCAAUGCUACAUCAUCAUCAACACAAUUACUCAAUAGCAGUAGUAGUAGUAGUAAUAAUAAUAAUAAUAAAGCAAAUAUCUCUCCACAAUUAUUAGUAAAUAAUGAAGAUUGUGAACGUCUGUGCUCUAGUAUGCUGCUAACACAAGAUUCAGCUGUUGUUCAAUUAUUACUUGAAUAUUGUUUACCUACAGAAGAGGAAAAGAAAGUUGGCUCAGAAAUUAGUAUUCUACGAGAGAUACGCAUUAUAAUUUGUACAUUUAUACAUUCCUUGUUCAUUGCUCAACCUGUUCUCGCUGAAAUUAUUGUCUGGCAAACAUAUCCUCGUGCUUUGAUCCCAAUCAGUGCUCAAGCUAUCCCAUCUUUGCAUAUUUGUUUGGAUACAGUAAUUGAUGUAUUUCGAAUGAGUGGAGAUUAUUCAAAAAUGGUGUUUUGUUUAGAUUUAGUCUCACAUUUAGCCCAACAUUACAAUAUUCAAGCAACUUUGGAUCGUGCUGCAUAUAUGAUCGAUUCAUUGUAUCACUUUCUGACAGUUGUUGUCAGUGCUGAGGAACGUUCAAGCCUAUUAUACGAAUGUUUACCAUCAUUAUUACGAUUAGGCAGUGGAUUUCCUAAUCUAGCGCCUAUAAUUGCACGUCUUCUCCUGUCAGUCGGAUUGAUGAUUGGUUGUACAAUGUCAUCUGAAUCUCGUCUAAGCUUAAGUCAUCAAUUUGAAAAUUUAAACUUGAAUUCACAUUCUGAAAUUGGUGAGAUUUUCGAUGAACAGAUAUCAGUUGUGGAGACAAAUAAAUUAGUUUGUCAGUGUUCAGCACAACGUUUUCUAUACUAUUCACCAGAAUUAACAAACUAA